CACUCCAUGUUGUAGCUUGUUUCUAAGCGUAAGAUUUGUCUUCGGCAGAGUUUUUGUAAGUAAAAGUGUGAUAAUUAAUUGAAUUUUCCCCCUUGUGCACACUCCCGGGCAUCCCUGCUACCUACGGAAGUUUCGUUUGAUAAUCCCGAGGCUUCGUGGACAAAUAAUGUUAUAAUGGAAUUCUACGUGUACUUUGUAAUUGUGGUCGUUAUCCUGAUUUCGUUGGCAACAUCCCUCAUCAUCAGCAAGUUGCCGCGUGGGAAAACCUUCGAUGAGGUCCUGAGUGAGAAGAAGAAGUUGGCGGAGAAGCUCUACGGGACGAGUGGGAAGAAGUCCCAGAAGAGCAAGAAGCAACCCCCGAAUGCGGGGAAGAAGAGCAAGGACAAGGUCAAGGUGAAGGAAGCUGAGCCACCGAGCUCCGAGGACACCAUGGAUGCUCCGGAUGAGAAGCCCCCCUCGCCAAAGGGGCAUGUGGAAUUUUCCGAAGCGGAAAUCAUCACAGACAGCGACUCUCCACGCAUCAAGAAGCAAUUGAGUGUGACGAGUGGUGGAAAGAAGAGCGGCGGCAAGAAGAAUGGUGGCAAGGCGUCCGGAACUGGGAUUUUGAUAAAUAAAUCAGAGACUUCCGCCGUGAAAGCCGCAGCUGCACCAGCGGAGCCGAUGAAUCAUUUUGAGCAAAUACACCCAAAAGAUGAUGCUGAAAUUCUACGAGCUGCCGCUCAUAGAGACGAACUGGCAGAAAGUAGAAAUCAACCUGGUGGCAAGAGCGAUAGAAAUGCUGCUGCAAAUAGAGACAGCAAGAAAGGCAAGAAUCCCAAAGUGCACGCAGAUAAGGAGGAGAAAGUAGCUGCUGCACCAGUGGUGGUUGAGGAGAAAGCCGUGGUGGCAAAGAAGGUGCCCGAUAGCGGUGGUGCUGGGUCAACGAAGUCAACAAAGAAGAGUAUUGGGCGGAAGCAAGAAUCAACUGGAUUGGCUGUUCAGAAGAUUAUUGCUGAAACCGAUGAGAUUGGUGUGAAUUUCCUCAUUCCACUGCUGGCAAAGGCAGAAUUGAGUCGCUCGGAAAUUCAGAUAAUCAUUGAGUAUUUGCUGAAUAAACAAUCCGAUACGAUCACGGUAAAUCAUUCCGAGUGGACUGAGGGGAAAUCGGACGUUGUGCAGAAGCUCAAGAAGCAGAUUGAGCUGAAGGAGAAGGCACUGCAGGAUGAGCAGGAGGCAAGUGCUGGGAUGCAGGCGCGUCUUCGUGAGCUGCGUGCUGAGAUAAAUUUGGAAAAGAGUCAAUACAAUGCGAACCUUAAGCAGUACAUUGAGGAGAUUGCGCAGAAGACGAAAGAUCUGCAGAAUAUGACAACGGACUAUCAGCAGCUGAAUGAGAAGUAUGUGAAUGAGAAGCAACAGAUGACGGUGCAAAUGCAACAGCUACAGUCGAAGUUGCUGCAGGAGAAAAAGGCAAAUUCUCAGGAGCAUUUGCAGCAAAUUCAGCAACUCACGGAGGCCAAUAAUGUGCUAAAUAGUGAGAUUAUUGCCAAGACAAAAUUAAUUAAUGAUGUCAAUGAGCAAUUCCAGAAGUUUGCCAGUGAGAAGCAUCAACUUAUUGAGACAGUUAAGAAGGAGUAUGAGGCCAAGAUGGCAGAGUAUGAGAUGAUAAUGCGUAAGAAGGAGGAACAGCAACUCUACUUGGAGCAGGAUUUGCAGAAAAUUCGUCAAAUGGCUGAUCACGAUGCCGAAGCAUUGCGUCGUUUGAAGGAGAAUUUCGAUGUGAAACGCUACGAGGUGGAGCAGUACAAGACCCAAUUGGCCGAAAUGACGAAGAAUAAUCACAAUAUUGAGGAUAUGGGAAAGGUUGAGAUUAGAAAUCUUCAGAAUGCUCUUGAUUCGUGCAAAACCGACUUGACACGCAGUCGAAGUGAGGCAAAUGAAUUCAGGAACAAGUCUGAAGAUUUGGAUGCUCAAGUUGUCGAGCUCAAGCGCCAAAUUUCACUCUGGUCCGGGAAAAUUCACGAACAAACAGUUCAGAUGACUGAAAUGGAUGCCAAUUUGACGGGAUAUAAAACUGAUUUAGAGGACAAGAGUGCAAAAUUGGCGGAGGCAGAGAACAAAAUUCGUUGCUUUGGGGAGGAAAAGGAGCGCCUUGAGAAGCAAAUUGAAGAUCUAAAGGGGAAGAAUAAUGAGUUGCGCACUAAAAACUGGAAAUUGAUAGAAGCGCUCAAUAGCGCUGAGAAUAAUGCUGUUAAGUUGAAAGCAAAUCACUUGAAUAAUGGCAAUGCAAGUAGUUUAACUAAACUUGAUACAACGGAGAUUCAGAGAGCAGCUGCACAAGAUGUUGAGAAUCGUACGAGGAGUAAAAUCAUCAAAAUAUUCCCCAAUAUCCCAACGGGACCUACACAGUAUGAUCAAUGGAUCGAGCAUGUGGGUGAAUACCUGCGGGAAUGUUGCACGUCCACAAGUAGUAUACAGCAUUCAGCAACAAUUAUUAAUACUAGUGCUAGCAAUAGUUGUAAAAAUAAUAGUAAUAGUGAAUCCAGUGACGUUGGUGCUGAUGGCAAAAAUGUAACCACCAACAAUCAUAGCGUCGAAAGUGAAGAUGGUGCCGAUGGAUCCAGUGAUGAUAGAUUAGAGACUUUACUGUUACAAAAUGCACAAUUGCAGCGAACUGUGGACGAGUAUAAGAUUAUUGUAGCUGAUACGGAGGGUCUUUUGAAGAAUUUAGAGCUGAAGGUGAAGGAACAGGAUGCGUACUGGCGUAAGGUGGUUGAGACAAAGGAUGAGGAACUCCAAGGACUGAAGAUAUCAUCAUGUCCGCCAAUCAACAAUGAUUAGGUGGCAAAUAAAAAUCUGUGGAAAUUAUAUUUAAAAAAAAAAAAGCAGAAAAGAAAAAUUGAUAUACGUAGAAGAUUUACGAGACAGAAAAUUAAUUUAUAUAUAGAGCACAUCGUUGAAUGAAGCAGAGAUUAGGAACAACGUAUUUUUUUUUCUCUUUACAAUGAGCGUGUCGAAGAAAAUUUAUUUGGCUAAUUAAAAAAAAAAAGAAAAAUUAAUUUGUAAAAGAGAAUUGAAAGAAAAAAAUGAAGACAUUUCGAUUGCAGAUUUGUUUGCGCCUUCCAUUUUAUUAAAAUAAAAAAUAAAUAUAAACUAUUAUUAUUAUUAUUAUUAGAAUGAGACGUAUAAGAAAAAAAAAACAUCGCAGCUGAAUAGGUAAAAAAAAAAAAACAUCAAGAAAAUUGUAUCAGUGAAAAAAAGGAGAUUGUGUUAAUUUAAUAUGAAAAAAAUAGCAAUUAACAAAUUAUAUUAAAGGAACAAGAAAAAAACAUUAAUAUCUGACAUUAAGGACAAUUAAAGAAAGGAAAGAAAAAAAAUGAAAAAAAUCGAGAUAUUUUAAUUUAUAUUUUUCAUAAAAGCAAACCAGUCGAUAACCAACAUAUUUUUUAUAAGUAAAAAAAAUAUAUAAAUACAUUAAUCUUUAAUAUAGAAAAACAAUGUAAAUUUAGAAAGAGAUUCGUUUAAUUUUAAAAUUUUCUAUUUUGUGCAAUUGGGAUCCUUAUUUGUUUGUUUAUUUAUGAAGCUUUUUUUUGCGCUAUAUUAUUGGGAUUCAGGUGGUGUGAAAAUAAAAAUCCAACAAAAGACGAAUAAAAUGCAGAAACUCGAAGAAAAAAAACUUUUUGGGAUUAGUAAAUGGUAUAUUCUGCUAACCCAAAUCACUAGCCAAAAUGCCUUUUGGUGUGUUAAACAGUUAAAAAAAUAAAUCAAUGAAUCCAUAAAAUCAACAGGAAAAAAGCAUUAAAAUGAAGUGGAAUGUUCUGGGAGGAGAACCACUUUAAAAGAAAAUAAAGAAGAAUCUAUUAUUGAAAUGGAUUAAACGCAUUAAGAAUCUAUAAGAAUUUUCUUUAAGCAAUUACCUACGGUUUAAGUUAAAAAAUAUGACAAGUUAGAGGAAAAAAAAUCUAAAAAAAGAAAACUCAUAAUAUACCCCACAAACUAUUUUUCCUUAAAUAAACUAAAAAAAAUAUUCUAAUGGGACUUGUUGAUAAAAAAAACUAACUCGUCGCCUUUACGCAUUUUCUAUUUCUUUCUUAUUUUUUUUUCAUCUUCUCUCAGUUAACGCGAGGUUAUAGGGGAAGAAGAAUUUGACGAUGGAGGAAUAGUAUAUAUAUUAAAAUAAACAAAAAAAAGUAACUUUAUAGAGCAGAAGAAUAUAUUUAAAAAAUAAGUUUAUCUAACCAAUAUUUUUACUACGUAAAUGCAGAAGAGAUUGAAGAGAAAAACUAUAAGUUAUUAAAAAACAUAAAAAAAAAAUUCCAUUCCGACGGAGCGUGAGCAAUGGAUUUUACUUACUAAAAAGAAAAAAAUGGUGAAAAUUUGAGGAAACAAAUGUAAAGAAGUAAGAAUAAAAACACGAUUCGAUAGGA